ACUAAAUUAACAUAUAUAUUUGAAAAGGGCCAGAGUCGCCCCCUCUCGGCCGCACCGGGGAGUGCAGUUCAGUGAAAAAACGGACGUGAAGAGACAGAGGAGCGUUUGCUUCAUAACAGGACGUGUCGAAAUCUGCAAAACAAAGCAACAUAAAACAAAACAAACCAGCGACGAAAGGCUUUAACAGCCUUCGGUGUCACUUCAGACCGGGAUUAAAAGCUGGGAUGACGAAUUUCAUAUUUAAUUUCAGUUUGUUUAAUGGACGCUACUGGAAAUUUCACAGUAAAAAGGAGGACAUUUUUAUUAGACACAGAAGUGCCUUAAGCCUUCGACAAAGAUCGAUAGCGCGACCGUAAUUUUUUUUUAGAUUGUUUGCUAUCUGUUUGUUGCUACUGUUGUAAUUUCGGCCGAGAUUUCUGUCGCGGGCUGCGACUCUGCGAUGUUGCGCGGUGUUGUUGAAUUAUAGCGAGUGCCGCUCACCCCCGUGACCGGCAAAGGAGCCGCCCCAAGUCGGCGAGCUUUCAAAUCGAGCGGCCGGCUCCGCCGAGCGCAGUAGGCCGCGGAAGCGAAGCCGUAGCCGUUUUUAUCGCUCGAAACACAGAAUAUCUGAUAAAACAUAAAUAUUCACAUCGCUAACAAAUAAACACGUUAAACGAAUAAAUGGCUACGGAAGGAGGAAUUUGCUUGUCAGUUGUUGUAGUCGAGUGACUCUCCGGCCGAGGACCGUUGGUUGGCACAGCAGAGUCCCUCCACUUUCUUACACACACAGACAGAGUUUAUUUUACUAAAAAAAAUAACGAUAUAAAAAUGAAACUCCUGGAAAACUCGAGCUUCGAGGCCAUAAACAGCCAGUUGACGAUUGAAACGGGAGACUGUCAGAUUAUUGGGCGGAUCGAGAGCUACUCGUGCAAAAUGGCCGGGGAUGACAAGCAGAUGUUCAAGCAGUUCUGUCAGGAAGGUCUUCCACACGUGAUGGAGGCCCUCUCGCCCCCCCAGACCGCAGGGGUCAGCCCCAGCAGGCUGAGCCGUAGUCAGAGUGGAGAUGAAGGCGAGGGACCCUUGUCGGACAAGUGCAGCCGCAAGACGCUCUUCUACCUGAUUGCCACCCUCAACGCCUCCUUCCGUCCUGACUAUGACUUCAGUCGCACCAAGAGCCACGACUUCAGCAGAGAGCCCAGCCUCAAUUGGGUGUUGAAUGCUGUGAACAGCAGUUUGUCGUCGGCCGCGGGGGGCCAAUUCAGCCGCCUUCAGCCCCAGCUGUGGCAAGCCAUUGAUGAUGAGAUCUGCUUGUCUGAGUGUGAUAUUUACAGCUACAAGCCAGAUUUGGACUCGGACCCGUACGGAGAAGAAGGCAACCUUUGGUCCUUCAACUACUUCUUCUACAACAAGAGGCUGAAGCGCAUCGUCUUCUUCACGUGCCGUUCUGUCAGUUUGUUCAUGACUCCCCGGGACUCUGGCAUCGGGAACGACUUGGAUCUGGAGCUGGAGGAUGGAAGCUUUGAAGAGGAAGAGGAGGAGAACAUGGAGGAAGAGAGGCGAGUAUAAGAGACGACGUGGCGCUCUGUGCACCCGAUGAAGUGGGCCAGAGGAUGAGGAGAAGUCGGGGAUCCUAGAGGGAGGCGAGCGUUGAACCUGCAGCCAGUGUGCUGUUCACAGACGGCAGCCUUUCUCUCCCGAUGCCUUUGCCGUUCGUUUAACUUUAUCCGUGCGUUCUCCCUGCAGUGCGUCCGCACAUUUCCCGGAAGCGCGAGCCCUGUAUGAGAUCCCGAAUCAUGUAACCGAAGCUACAGCGUGACCUCUGAGUGUGUCUACACUGCUUUGCUCCCACUCCGAUUAACCUCCAUUUUAUUUAUAUUUAAGCUAACAAGUGUCAUUAGUUUUUUGUCAAACUUGACUUUUUACUUUUCAAUUUGUGUCUAGUCAGUGGAGAGAUGGCAAUAUGUGAAGUACAUAUGGACACUCCAGAGGGAAAACUCGUAGAUUUUACUAUAGUUCCCUUUUUAAUAUAUGUACGUGGAUGUGUAUAUGAGGCAUGUAUUGCAGAGAGGAAAAUUGGAUUUAUGAGAUGAUAAGAUUUCCUGCUGUGUUUUACAUUUAAAUAGCUGUCGGGUCUAUAUUUUUAAGAAGGUUUUGUUUUCACUGCAAGUAUUAAUUUCUGCAUCAUUCAUGCUUUAUCAUUUCAGUUUAGGCUGUACUCACAGAAAUCAUGUUGAAUUCCUUUUGUGAAAAGGUCUCUUUGUUACAUUUGUAGGAUUUGUGUUUGGAAAGUUUGUGAGCCAGGAAGUGCAGUCAGCUUCCCUGCCUGGACGCAAGGUGUCGCUACAUGCACACUAUUUUUUUUUUUUCUCUCAAACUCAUCUCUGUGUCUUUCUACACAGUGUAAGGUACUGUGCAAAAGUCUUAGGUACUUAGAUGUUUCACAAAAAUAUUUGUUUUAGAUAGUUAUUUAA